UAUUUUGCAUGGGUUCAGCACUCUUCUUGCUUGCUUCCUUUGAAUCUUCACAUCAACCGAAACUAUCGCAUUGCAUUGAGCCCUCUCCGAGUCCAUGUUCUCCCGUCGCAAGAAGAAAGCCAGUCCAACUCGACGCCCUCGUCGCGAAGUCCCUCACCACGUAAUGGUGCUCCAACAGAAGAAGAAUACUUUGACAACGCGGACGAAGAAAACCAACAAACAACGAUACAAUGACGAUGGCUUUGUCGACCUCGCGACAAACAUGAUAGACUUUUGCUGCCUGUUCUUUGGCAGUGGCAUUUGCAUCUACUACGACUUUUACCGAACCUGGUUCCUUCAUCUUCUCAUGAUCAUGAUCUCGCUGGUGAUUCUCAAGCGGACUUGGUGGUCUUGGAACACUCUUCGUCGAAACUGGAAAGUAUGGAAAGCGUCGACGACGAAUGACAACGGGCUACCUUGCAACUUGAGCGUCACCACGGACGACGGAAACAACGCGGUUGACGAUCCCAAUCGCGUCCUUUUGGAGCCUCAUAACGAUCAAGCCACGGCACCCCUUACCGAGUGCUGUCGACUUAGUAUUUAACAACAUCAAGCGACGGACCCAGCAUUGCUUGUAUGGACGAUGGAACGCGCAUAUAUGCAUUGGUGUUGCACCAGCACGCAAAAAGAGUAUAGGCAGCCUCUCUAAACUACUAUUGUCAAGUCUUUGAGCUUCUCCGUUUAAUAAAACACGUAAGACCAUCCAGCAGAC